GACGUGGCUCCGCUCAUGACGGGGCCGCAUUAUUCGUCUUCCGAUUGGUCCAUGUAUUUGUCGGGCCCCUCCUGUCCGCCCUGCGCGAUGACGUCACAGGCGGAAGCGGCCCCUCGGUCCUCAGACAGCGAGCAAGCACAACCGACCCACCGACGGACGACGCUCAUAACUCCUUCGGCCGCAUCACGGUCCUUUUGGCCACUUUUGCUUGUAUUCCUUUUCUCCAAAACGCAACGCUCCCUUUUUGUGUGCUUCGUCGCAGAAUUCGGAAAAGAAAUCCCGGAAGCCUUGCAGUCAUGAACCACAGCUCGAUGCAGAUGAACCACGACGACCACGCUCAACACGUCCACCACCACCACGCCAUGGCGACCACGCCCGCCAGCGGACAUGACCACGGAGGCGGCGCUGCCGGAGGGGGUCACGGGGGACACGGAGGCAUGGCGAUGACCUUCUACUUUGGCUACCAGAAGGUGGAGCUGCUCUUCAGCGGACUUCUCAUCAACUCUGUCGGAGAGAUGGUGGGCGCCUGCGUCGGCGUGUUCCUCUUGGCCGUCCUCUACGAGGGUCUGAAGAUGGGCCGUGAGACGCUGCUGCGGCGCAGUCAGGUCAACGUGCGCUACAAGUGCAUGCCGCUGCCCGGCGCCAACGGCACCGUACUCAUGGAGACGCACAAGACUGUCGGGCAGAGGAUGCUAAGCCCCUCGCACUUCCUGCAGACGCUGCUGCACAUCAUCCAGGUGGUGGUCAGCUACCUCCUCAUGUUGGUCUUCAUGACGUACAACGCCUACCUGUGCAUGGCGGUGGCGGCGGGCGCGGGCGCCGGCUACUUCCUGUUUAGCUGGCGCAAGGCGGUGGUCGUGGACAUCACGGAGCACUGUCAUUAGCGCUCGUCGUCGUCGUUGCCGCUUCUUGUCAUCGGGUUGGGCUACGCCAGCAAACUCCGGUGUCAGACGGUGAGCGCGCAGACCUCGGGGAGAUGGCAAGUGUGGUUGAAGCAACGGCGUGGGAAGUGCACCUUGUAGCUUGAUUUGCACGCCCCAGUCGGUCACUAAUUUUCAAACAUUUUGAGGAGAAGCGUACACGCUGGUGUCAGUCGUUAUGUCAAGUAAGAGUGUUUUGUUAAAUGUGUUUCUUCUUUUGCUCUCUGGUGACAUGACAGACGCUAAUGCUAACUAGCUGAUCAUAGCAAGUGACCAUUACAUAUUUUAUCUAUUUGUUUAGCGGCUUUGAUACAAUCAGACGGAGUCAUUUUUCAUUUAUUGUUUUUAAUGUAGUAUGUCGCGAAUCCACUGUGUUUACUUUUUAGAGGUCGUGAAAAGUUAAACGGGCCUUAAAAAAAACACGUCGCCUUAACGUGGCCAACGAGGGAGUCUCGAUUUUGUCACGUGUUUGUCGUUCGACAAAUGCGACUCACAUUGUCUUGUUGUCGAAAGAAGGGACCAAACAGACAUGAAUGAGAAAAAAAUGCUGGAAUCAUUCAAACGAAUAAAGUUUGUAAGUGUCAACAU